AUUUCAAAAGGGAGAGGGAAUAAUAAACUAUCUUUUUCUCUCUCUCUCUCUCCUUAGCUCCAUUUAUAUCUUGCAUAUUUUUUUUUUGAUUCCUCCUAUAUAUAUCAUUACUAUUUUUAUUUUUAUUUUUUUGUAAUUAUGUAAUCAACAAAUGAAUUUCUAGCUGAAAUUUGAGGUGUUAUUAUUCUAAUUUCUUGAAAUCUUUUGCAUUUGUUUUGGAAAUACUUGGCCAAAGAUUUCAAUGUUGAAAAAAAAUAAUAAUAAAAUGAGUUGUUUUUCUUGCAUGAGCUCUCGUCCUAAGAUUAUUGAAGAUUAUGAUGAAGAUAUGACCUCAAGAUCCAACAAUUCUGCAGUCCACGCGAGGGGAAAUUCUAGUGAUUCAGGAAGUGGAAAUGGGAGAAAGGAAGGCUUUUUUAGAAGUAAAAAAAGUGGGGAAAGUAACAAUCAGAACAACAAUGUAGCUCGGAGUUUCGCGUUCAAGGAACUAGCCAUCGCAACUCAGAGUUUUAGGGAAACAAAUCUUAUUGGCGAAGGCGGCUUUGGAAGUGUCUAUAAAGGCCGUAUAGAUUCAGGCCAGAUAGUCGCGAUCAAACAACUUAAUCUCGAAGGCCUUCAAGGGAACCAAGAAUUUGUUGUGGAGGUACUUAUGUUGAGUUUAAUGCAUCAUAACAAUCUUGUCAAUCUGAUCGGAUACUGCACUCACGGAGAACAGAGGUUGUUGGUUUACGAGUUUAUGCCACUAGGCAGCCUGGAAAACCAUCUUUUCGAACCAGGAACGACACCACUGAGUUGGAAGACAAGGCUAAAGAUAGCCGCAGGUGCAGCUCAUGGACUCGAGUAUCUACACAAAGCAAAUCCACCCGUCAUCUACCGUGAUUUGAAAUCUUCAAAUAUAUUAUUGGACAAUGAUUUCAAUCCAAAGCUGUCGGAUUUUGGACUUGCAAAACUUGGACCGGUAGGUGACAACACUCAUGUUUCGACAAGAGUGAUGGGAACCUACGGAUAUUGUGCCCCCGAGUAUGCCAUGACUGGGAAGUUGACUCUGAAAUCUGAUAUCUAUAGCUUCGGUGUUGUUCUAUUGGAGCUAAUAACGGGACGAAAAGCUUAUGACAGCACUAAGAAACAAGGAGAACAGAACCUUGUUGUUUGGUCUAAUCCUUUCCUUAAGGACCGGAGGAAAUACAUUCAUUUGGUGGAUCCAAUGUUGGAUGGUCAAUUCUCUUCGCGUUGUUUGCACCAUGCAGUUUCUGUUACUGCAAUGUGCCUUCAAGAACAAGCCAGUUUUCGUCCCAGCAUUACUGAUAUUGUUACCGCGCUUGACUAUCUUCUACUUCAAGCACAACACUCAGGUACAAAUAGAGGUGGUUCACAAUCUGACAAGCACAUACCGCCUCCAUCAACAGAAGAGUUCAAUGUCAGUUCACGAAAUCGAAGCUAUGACAACAUGGCUAUUACAUUUUAAAUUUUUUCCGUCUGAACAAACUGCUAGAUAUAUAGACAUGGGGAUCGCGGAAUAUUAUAGAUGAAAAUGGAGGUGCAUUUUAUCGUUUCAACGUUAUAGCAGAGGAUAUCGGUCACUUCAGCUUUUGAUUAUGAGAUGACGUUUUCUUGAAUCAAGAACUUCAGUUGAUUUGCAGGAACGCGGUAGACUGCUCUUUUCCCUGUAUAUUGACUACUCGUAAUUCGUAAUCAGUUGAGGAACCAUUGAAUAUUGUUUCAAAUAUCUGUAUAUUUUGGUGUAUAUGAAAAAACAAAAACCAAAGAAAUGGAUGUAUAUCAACGUCAAGAUUGUAUAUAUACACCCAUACUUCUUGUAAUUUCAUGCAUAUUGUUGACAUGAUCAUAUAAGAUAAUAUGAACAAUAGUGAAGACUUGUUGUUGUUCGAUUA